UGUUUGCGCUGUGAUUGGGUCCCUGGGUUGCUCCGGUCCCAUGAACGGUGUGGCACAGGGGUGUGCAGAGUAAACCAAAGCCCCCGUAUUGUGUCUGGGUUUCUCGGCCUCGUAUUAAAUCUAGAAACACAUUUUUGUUCAUGUCAACGGUGUUUCCUGUCAAAGAUUGUUUCUGGUAUUUUGCCAGGGUCAGGGUUGUCGUCUUUCCCUCGUCACACACAUUUACACCGUCGUUCAAAAGUGUGGGCUUAUGCGAUGAAGAUGGAGAUUAGGCCUCUGUUGAUGUGCUUUGCUCUGUGCGUGGUCUACGCCACCAGCAAGCCCACGGAGAAGAAGGACCGCGUCCACCAUGAAGCACCGCUGAGCAGCAAGGAGCACGACGACGGCACAAACUUUGACUAUGACCACGACGCCUUCCUUGGGGAGGACGGAGCGAAGACAUUCGAUGACCUGACCCCAGAGGAAAGCAAGAACAGGCUUGGUAAAAUUGUGAAUAAGAUCGACGCAGACGAGGAUGGCUUCGUAACUGAGGCCGAGCUGAAGGCAUGGAUCAAAAAGGCUCAGAAGAAGUACAUCUACGACAAUGUGGAGAGACAGUGGAAGGACUUUGACAUGAACAACGAUGGCACGAUCUCCUGGGACGAAUACAAGAAUGUGACGUACGGCACUUACCUUGAUGAUCCCGAGUCCGAUGACGGCUACAACUACAAGCAGAUGAUGGCCAGAGAUGAACGGCGCUUCAAGAUGGCCGAUGAAAAUGGAGACCACAUCGCUGACAAAGAAGAGUUCACCGCUUUCCUCCAUCCUGAGGAGUACGAGCACAUGAAAGACAUUGUUGUGCUGGAAACUAUGGAGGACAUAGAUAAGAAUGGUGAUGGGUUUAUCGACCUGGAGGAGUAUAUUGGCGACAUGUACAACCACGAGGAUGAAAUGGACGAGCCAGAAUGGGUGGCGACGGAGCGAGAGCAGUUUUCAGAGUUCAGAGACAAGAACAAGGACGGGAAGAUGGACAAAGAGGAGACUAUGGACUGGAUCCUGCCGGCCGACUACGACCACGCAGAGGCCGAAGCCAAGCAUCUGGUGUACGAGUCUGACACGAACAAGGACGGCAAACUCACCAAAGAGGAAAUACUCAACAAGUACGAUUUGUUUGUGGGAAGUCAAGCCACUGACUUUGGGGAGGCUUUAGUUCGGCAUGAUGAGUUUUAAUUCUUUCUUUUUUUUUUUUCUAGUGUAAUAGAUAAUUACUUGUUUUGGUAAAUGGAUAUAAUUUAUUUUAUAUUGCUUCACCGUAAUACAACACUAAUUCCUCAGAUUUAGUUCACUUGAUUGUUUUCCCUUUUUGCGCACACAAAAAAAAUGCAUUCGUGAUGACUCUGCUUAAGGAUUUUUUACUGCGUGUUACCAUCUUUGGAAUCGUGGUCCAUGUACAGCGUUAUUGCAAUUUCAGUAACUGUUUAUAUUUGGGGUUUUUUUUUAAUGUAAAGCGGUUCAUUCAGAGCUACGCUCAAGGCAGUUUUAUAGCAGUUGCUUCUGAUCCAUGAUCAGCUCCCCCUGCUGUUUACAUGCCAUUAGCACACAAUCCUCUCAAUCCGCUUCUUCUGAGAGGUAUAAAAUACAUGUAUAUAUUCACAAUGCAUAUAUCUCCUGUGUGUAAUUGUCUUGGCACAAACCUCAAUUUUAGAGCCAUAGGUCAUGAUCCUCUUAUGUCUUUCAAUAUUUAUUAGAAAAAAACCCCCCUGGCUUAUUCAGUCACACUUUGAAGAGUUUCUAUUGAUGUUAAGAUGUUUGUUUUCUUAAAGACGUACUGAUUUUGAUCUUUAAUAGACAUACUCUCAUUGUGCCUUUCAUUGAAUUUUUUUCUUUUCUUUUUUUCAUUUGAUUUGGAUCUUUAGUUAGGGCUAAAUGGUUAAAACCUCAAUGCAUUGCGGUUUGUAGGGUCCAAUUGCUUUCAGCUUCAUAAUUUGAAACACACUAUCAAUUAUAUGAAGUCUGCUAUGCUACAAACAUAGCAAUAUGGUCAAUUAGUUGUCUUUUGAAUGCAUUUUAUUAUUUUUUUUUUUAUAUAUAAAAUGUUUUAGCACCCAGUGGUAUCAGGUGACUUCCUUCAAGUGGUGCUGUUUCAGCACUUACAGAUUGUAUCUUGACAACAACAAAUUGUCAAUAAAACAAAAUUAUGACUGAA